CCAUUCUGCUGACAUUCGUUGAACUUCGUCAUUUAAAAUUUCUCUGUCAUUCCGACUAUUCAAAGAAAAUGAAGAUUAUUUCUGCCAUUCUGCUGACAUUUUUUGAACUUCGUCAUUUAAAAUGCGCAGAUGGAUAUCCAGACUAUUUUGGUCCAUUCAACGUUAUUAUGCAAAUGAACACUGGCUCCUAUUUUGUAAAAAAACUAGUGGAAGAGUUUUCAGCUAAUACGAUACCCAUAGACUGGACAAUACCUCGAAAUGAUUCAACUCCUUUCAAGAACUAUAGCGUUUUCAUAAAUGCUUCAGGGAAUCGACGUUUUGUUUCUCAGGCAAAGCGUCUACGUCACAAUGCAGAUACAGCUGACAUUCCUCGUCAUCUUUCUCCGCAGAUAGCUUAUGUACACUUAGACCAAAACCUAUGGCUUGAAACUAGAUGUUUCCAAAUCUUCAAUUUCAAUACUCAACAAACUAAUCAUGACACAGCCACCGCAUCCACGAACGUCACCACUGGCAUCAAGCAACAUCAUUGAAUAUCUCUUCAGGAUAAUAGUCGAAUCUGGUGCACAUGUAUUUAAUAUUUAAGUAAUCUGUUUAGAAAAAGUAACAUCUUUAGUUAGUAGUCCUUCGCACUGCUAACUGUUUAACGAUUUGUGAGCCUGGAAAUAUGUCAUAGCAUAAAUGACUCAAAACGUCCAUCAGGCGAAAAGCUAAGUUGUUCGUGGCAAGAAGACCUGGUAAUUUGAUCUCCGCUCUUCUGACAGAUUUUCUAACUUUAUUACAUGAGUUUCAGGUACUUUUUGAUUGGAAGCGGGUUUAAUCCAUCUCUCACGAUGCUUCAUAAAUUGCGAGUGCCGAUCAAGGGAACAUUUAUGUUGGAAAACUUACUUCUUCGGUGACUGCAAAAUUCGUUUUAGCAGAAGACUUUUUUUAUCUUCUUCUUUUUCCUGCUCUUUAUUUUUUUUCUGAAUAAAAUAACUUUUUUUACAACAAAAUCACUGGAAUUACAAAAUGUCAAGUCAUCCGAAAAAUACCGAAUAUUUUAAUUUUCAAAAUGCUAGAAAAUUCUAGAACCCUAUAAAUGCU